UGUGAGACAGAUAGUCUGUGUGUGCAGGCUAUAGAGACUGUAGCCUACUCUGGGUCCUGAGCUGACCUGGAGCUCCGGUGUUGAUGUCGGGCCGGCCCAGUGCAGCAGAGCUGCUGCGGCUUUAAGCCCGGGCUUUGGGAUGGGCUGGACUCAUAACGUCAUUUCACUUCUCUUUCUUUUUAUUCUUCGCCCCCUCAUAUACUUCCCUCUCGACAUGACGCUCCGCUACACCCCGGGCCAUAGUGAUGAACUUUCUCUGGCGUUUCUCCCUGCGGAGCCUUUUUUUCCCUUCUUUUUCCGGAGCCUCAACUUUUCUGGCGUGUCAUCAUUUGUGGAGUUAGCGCGGCAGAGUCAUCCGAGGCGAGCAGAGCUGCCUGAUAUAUGGAUCCUGUGAAACAGCGGCAGCAGCAGCCCAGGAAAUGCAGCGUUUCUCCACCGACUUAGCGGGACCGAGCGAGUAGAAAUGAGCAGGAGCAAACGGCGAGCCUCGGGACGUUUGCGGGCUAAUUCAGCUACUUCUCAUCAGCAUGAUGCUUUCUCCUCUCUCUCUGUCUCAGGAUGAGUUCCAUCCGUUCAUUGAGGCUCUGCUGCCCCAGGUCCGUGCCUUUGCCUACACAUGGUUCAACCUCCAGGCCAGGAAGAGGAAGUACUUCAAAAAACAUGAGAAAAGGAUGACCAAAGAAGAAGAGAGAGCCGUCAAAGACGAGCUGUUGGGGGAAAAGGCAGAGGUGAAGCAGAAGUGGGCCAGCCGCCUUCUGGCCAAGCUCAGAAAGGACAUCAGACCUGAAUGCAGAGAAGACUUUGUCCUGUCCAUCACUGGGAAGAAAGCUGCGUGCUGUGUCCUGUCAAACCCGGACCAGAAAGGCAAAAUGAGACGCAUAGACUGUCUCCGACAAGCUGACAAGGUGUGGCGGCUGGAUCUGGUGAUGGUCAUCCUGUUCAAAGGAAUCCCGUUGGAGAGCACCGACGGAGAGCGGCUGGUGAAGGGAGGCCAGUGCUCCAACCCAGUGCUCUGUGUCCAGCCGCGACACAUCUCGGUCUCCGUCAAAGAGCUCGACCUCUACCUCGCUUACUACGUACAGGAGAGAGAGGCAGAGCAGAGCAGCAGUCCCAGUCGUACAGGAGUGGGUUCUGAUCAGGAGGACAGUCGCACCGCCACCAUGGAUGGUCCAGAGUUCCAGGAGAGUUUUGUGACUUCAGGAGUUUUCAGUGUCACUGAGCUGGUCCAGGUCUCAAGAACUCCAGUCGUCACAGGAGUAGGACCCAGUUUCUCCAUGGGGGAGCUCCAGGGUCAUCUGGCCUACGACCUCAACCAGUCUGCCAACCAGCCAGUCAGCUUGAGACGAUCACUGGCCAGCACCUCAUCCAGCGGGAGUAAGCGACAUAAGUCUGGCUCUAUGGAGGAGGAGGCAGACAGUCCAGGAGGGGAGUAUUACCACUCACCGUCCUCUCCUGCCAGCAGCUCCAGGAACUGGACUGAUGACAUGGAAGGAGGUCUGUCUCCUCCAGUGAAGAAGGCAGAGCUGGACAGUCCCUCUCCCCAGGAAGACUCACCAAGACUGGGCUCCUUCACUCAGCACCACCGGCCAGUCAUAGCUGUUCACAGUGGUCUGUCUCGGAGUCCCCACCCUUCCUCAUCUAUUCAUUUCCCGCCUUCGUCCUACUUCCCCCACGGAGCAAUCCGCUACCCUCCUCACCUGGCCCAGGACCCCCUGAAAGAUCUGGUUUCAUUGGCCGGUGCCCCUGCCAAUCAAAGCCCCAGCUCGCUGAAUGGCAGCAACCAGGUCAAAGUGCUCAACCACUACAUCUCCUCUCAGAUGUUGGCACCGCCAGGACCAGCAUCCUCCCUGGCCCCUCCCCCGUCCCCCCUCCCCAGGCCUGCAGAGUCAAAGGCCACUCCCACCUCCUCUGAUGGGGGAGCAAACUCGCCCACAUCACCCAUCUUGGUAUCUGGGCAACUGAGCGACCUGUGGAGGAGGGCUGACUGUCAUGGCAGUAUUGUGCUGGAGGACAGGAAGCAGUGUGGUCCAGACAUUGCCAGAGGGAAAAUCUAUUCAUCUUUGUAGAAGUGUGCGCAUACAUCUAUAUAAAUAUCCAGUGGGAUAUAUUUCUAUAUUUGUAUGAACCCAGAAGAGACAGCGAUACGGUGGACAAAAAGAGCUUUGCUGCGAGACACUAAAUGCUUCUUCCAAAUGUCCUCUGACGUGAGCUGUGAUGUUCCAGUGAGCUGAUGAGUCUGGUUGGUCCCGAUGAACUGCAGACCAGAACCAGAACCAGAACCAGGCCUCAGCACCCCGUUCCUACGGUAACCCUAGUGUAUUCCCUGGGAUGGAUAUACCUGGGUCUCUACCCUACAUCCAGUAAAGGCCUCCUCCCUGGGACAGACACAGACCUCACACCUCUCCCCCCCGCCCCAACACCCAGAAUGCCCCUCUCCGCUGCAGGUGCUGCUUAUAAUAUAUGCAAAUAAGCCUCCCUUUUUUUCUGAAGCGACUAGAAAGAGAUCCUGUUGUUGAUUUGUACUGUUUCUUUGCACUUUUGAAUGUGUUAUGGAUCGUCUGAAGAAUUCUUUUCUCUCUUCCCACCAAAAAGACAGAGGCUUUGUCUUUUUUUAUUGACAAUCAUCAGCCUGAAACAAUUACGUUGCUUUGCUAAGCUCAUGUUUUUAAGACUGUUUGAUUGUGCUUUUUUAAUCCGAAAAACAAUGAGUCAUAGUGGAAUAUAAGAGCUAUAUUCAUGUCCCUCCAACACAACACACAAUGCUACAGCUGGACACCAGGCAAGAGUUGGGACAUCUUUUUAAUAUCCUGUUGCAUCCUUCCCUUCAGAUAGCACUUAUCCAAGCAGCCAGAGGCACCUGUAGCAUGGUGUGUGUGUGUGUGUGUGUGUGUGUGUGUGUGUGUGUGUCCCCUGCUCUGUUCUGAGGAGAUUGUGUUUGGGGGUUUGUACUUGUAUGUAGGUAGAUUAGAGAGAGAUUUAGCAGCGUUGCACUAUGAGAAGGUAACGAUGUUACCCAGCUGGCAGGCUGUGGUGUGUUGGCGGUUGCUAUGACAGCAGGUCAUGUGCACGCUGACUUGAACUGAGCACAAAAUCCAGGUUUCUUGUCCAGAAGGCGUCCCUGACCAGUCUGUGGAGUAGCGUUGGUUUCAAGUCCAACCUUGAUGGUUCACCACAAGUCAAUGAUUUCAAACCAGUCGGUUGCUUUUCUGCGUCAACCUCGUAUGUGACAGUUCUUUAGUGAGGAAACAAUAUUCUGGCUUUUCACAGCUUCAUUUACUCAAUAAUCUUUUAAAAUACAUUUAAUAGCUUAGACAUGCUGCAUUUUAACUUUUGACAAGGUUAGCAUUUAAUAUGAAUCCCUGUCUGCACGUUCAAAGCAAGGAAGACACAGCGAGAUGUCAGUUCGGGGCAUAGCAACAAUUCAGUCUGCGUGCAUUGGUCAAAGAUCUGAAGGCAGAAUCAAAUUAUCAAAUAUAUCAUUUAUUCGUACUUCUCUGUGAAAUGCAACAGUAGUAAAACAUGUCCUUGACCUUUUGCUAUUUCAUACGCCAUCUCUUUAGAGAUGAAAACUCUGAAUAUAAAUUAGAAUUUUAGGAACUCAUAUUUUAUAAUGUGUGCCAUAUUUGAAUCUCCAAGGCUUUGCAGCUGUAAAGCAGACUGGUGACAUGUGUUGCCUGGGGAUGUGGAUAGGUGUUUCUGUGUUGAGGUGCAAUCAGAAUGAACGGCAAGCAAAUGUUCACCUCCGCGUUAUUCACAUGAAUUUGUUUCUGCAGUCUGAAGACGUUGCUCCGUGAUCCAAACAGCAGUUUAGGGCCGUGGUCCCACAGCUGUCUUCUGGAAAGAUCCAAUGUUUUCUGAGGGUGAAACUAAUAUUUCCAACCGCUGCCGCAGUGAACUUUGUCACUAAAUGCCGGAGCUCCACAAGGGCGUGUGCUUAGCCCACUGCUGUUCUCAAUGUACUGUAUACUGCUGUUAGAAGUCUGAGCAGCAGACCUAGUGUACGUCCGGCAAAGCCGAGUGGAGCAGUGCUGCACGGUCAGUGGAAAUAUUGGAUUCAUUCACUGUUUUUUAUUGCUCCGGGCAGAAAGCAGACAUCUGUGGGAUCACAAAAAGCCUUUGCAGAUGUAACCUGCUGUAGUAAAAGAUAACUACGGUAGUGACAUUCAGAGUAAAGUGUGAACCCACUGUAGAGAGCGGCUGUGUGUGUUUGAAAUCAUCUCAUAUUUUCCUCCAGUCCUUUGUCCUUUAAAACGUUGUUUUCCAUUCACACAGAAGCGUCUUUCUGUUGACUGCCGUGUCUAAAGUUGGGUUUGCGUUCGGUCUGAUCACAGGGGUCUUUUCUGUUCCUUUUCCCCGGGUUAGGGUUAGCGUCAGCGUCUGCAAGGCUUCAGAGUUCACACUGAAGGUGCCGAUAGGAGCUGGGCUUUGGUUAAAGUUGGCUUCCAGCUGAUGUACAGUGCAUGGUGCUGCCCUGGUCGCUGUGGCGACCAAAUGAAUGCAUGGCUCAAACUGAUGAUACCUCUCCCUCUCUAUCCUGCUCUCUCUAUCCUCAGUGGAUUGGAGGGCUGUCUCUUUCUUUAGAUUUGUAUAAUAGCCCUGUUAUUAAACUUCUAUUUUGCACGAUACGUCAUAAAACACAUUAUGUGCCUUGCCUUUAGUUAGACAACAAUAAUACAUUAAGGAAAAGUGGUCACACUUUUCAUGGUACAGCUGGUAGCACUUAAAAAACAGCAACAACAAAAAAGCUGCAUGUGUGAUGGCUCGACAUGAAGCGGUGUAGCAGGUACACAGUGUUGGCUUAAACAGUGCAGUGUAUGAAGCAGAGGCUGGGGGGGCAUUGCUUAUCCUCUGCUACCAUCACGCUGGACACAGUGGGAGGGGAAAGUCUGACAUUUUGGGGGAAUGACACUUGAGAGUCACAUGGAAGGACACACAGUGUGGACCUGUUGUAUACGUAGUCCAGAGCUCUGCACGGAGCUGAGCUAACACAUCCCAACCCUGACCUCCAGGUCAUCAGCUGAUAGGGUAGGUGUGGGGAUUGGCCCUCCACAUAGAUACUGUUUCACAUGACCAAGUGAAUCAUCGCCAUGACGACAGAGCGCUCAGAAACAUGGAGUCAAAGUGCUGAGAGACUAAAACUGGAAAAUCGCUAUAACAGCAGAUCUCGGACGUCCCUCCACUGUAAGCAGCUGAUGUGGCUCAGAUCGGUGUGUGUGUGUGUGUGUGUGUGUGUGUGUGACACACUGACAGUGGUGAAAUGUUGCGAACCAAACACUAUGGAAGGUCCUCCCAACACAAACCUCAGCUCUGCCUGCAUCCUGUUCUCAUAUGAAGUGUUAAAUACACGAUUGACAGUAUUUAUUGCAGGGAAAAGUCUUAUUGUGAAUAUUUUGUCAGGCAUUUAGCCAAAGUGGCCAAGCCACUCAACCCCAUCUAAUGGAGAGAUGUUAAGCAGCUCUGUGAUUGGCCACUGGAACACCGUCCACAAGAUGACUCUGACCACGUGACCAAUCACGGCACGAGAUACUACUAAGGCCAUAGAUGAGUUUGACUUUUAUAUGGGUGCAUGCACGUAACACUAUUCUUACCCUGCUUGGCAUUCAUGUUAGUCUUGAGUUAUUUCUUGUGUUGUUUUUAUUGUGUUGCUUGUAGUAUUAUAGUUUUAAACACUGCAGUGUGUGUGUAAAAUGUGUACAACAUGAACUUAUCAGUCAUAAAAAAGGAUGUAUAGAUGUUUGAGAUGCUGGCCAAGUAGCAGAGGAAGACCCAUGAGAUGGGAGGAGUUAAGCUCAGCCGCGUGAGUGAGGAUGGACCAUGAAAGGCAAACACUGUUUAUGGAGAGAGACAAUGUUGGAAGUCGGGGUGAAGGGAACUAGAAUGCUUAAUAUCUGACACUGGAUCAGUGAUGGACACUGAACACCGGUCAGUGGAAAGCCAGCAGACCUGGCUGACUCAGGUCCUGGGGCAGCUCUUGGAUGGUAGUGGACCUCUCGUUAAGUGAAGAGCGCUUUAGAAAUGAGCACAGGAUAAAGAUACAGACACACGCCUAAAACUAAAUAAAAUGUGCUCAGUAGUGACGAUCAGAAAGCUCAGAACUCGGAGCUUUGUGUCUACUGAAGAGCUCGAGUCACAGAUACCAGGCCGUUGUUUGCACUCCCUCUUUGAAUCAAAGAUAUGUUGGCGGUAAUAAUGCCCUAAAUAAGACAACUGUGGUGAUCUGUGUCUCCAGCAGCACCAGGUAUGAAGCUGGACUGUCACAUGGUUGUUUCUGCCUGUGAUGCACAACAGGAACCUGAGUGCAGGCCAACUAAAGUCUCUCUAGUUCAAAUUGAAGAUAACAGCGAAACCAGCGUAAUUCUUUCUUGUAAAUCAGCUGUCUCCCGCAGCACAUGGUAGCACUGCUCCGUAUGCUCUACCUGGAGCCAAGAUCAACAGGGAUGGAACUUGCGAGAUGAUGUACGCUCUAUUUAAGCCGAGUCUGUAGGUUUCCAGGCUGUCAGGAGAGGUUUGCUUGUGUGUUGGAGCAGGUUUAUGAUUUGUGAUUCUUUUUCUCUCUCGCUGACAGUAGAACAUGCACAAAAGCGAGCCAAAAUGUGUGAAUAAUGUGUUCAUCACAUGCAUUCAGCUUCUCACGCGAAGCUUUCUAUUCAAAUAUACCAGCAGGUCAGCAACAAACAGAAGCAGUGCCGAUCAUUUGGCUGCUUUGUUCAGUGUCUACUGGGACAUCACCAGACCUGGCCAGUGGAGAUGGGCUGUGCAGGUAACAAGCCAUAAAACAACCCAAAGAGUGGAAGGAACGUUUAGAGGAAACACUGACAGACUAUAAAUAAGGUUCUUCAUUUAGGUCGGAUUGACAGAUGUGACCUAUUUUCACCUCGGUGAAAAAAAUAAGGUUACCAAAGACGGGAACUAAUCAGCAACGUCAUGCUAACCAAUGACUAGCUAACAAGUAUCUCCUGAAUCUCUCAGCAUACUGAGCUCACCAGGCUUUCCAAAAAGGAGACGCCUUGAUCCCUCUAGGUGCUCCUGCUGCAGUGAAUGGAUGCGUGUCGGCUCAGUGUCACGGCCUGCUGGGACACUUGAAGAACAGAGCCAUUGCUCGUGUUGUUAGCAACAAAGCUUGUGCCGUCAUCGUACUGAGUUGUUACUUGGUCAUCAAUGGCCGUCAAUGAGAGGCCCCAUUAGAUCCUGACUGAAACGCAUCACUCCCUCCGUUAGUUACUGUUGAACAGCCUUCAGUCAACACUCUUCUUCUCCACCUCCUGACAGGUUCAGCUUUUGGAGAUGGAGUGCGUCUCCCACUCCCCCUUGUCAGGAGACCGUUAUUAUAUUCUCCAGGCACAUGUGAUGUUGGCAGUCGAAGCAUUGGACCAGAAAGAUGCUGCGCUGGGGAAAGUUGGGAAAUAGACGUGUAUCGGUCAUUUUACUUCCAUUAUAUCAUAUUAACUCAUACACAAUAAUGUGUGCCAAAUAACAACUCAGUAUAAUGCACUAUAUAACUUGAGGGACUUGAAUAAGAAAGAUGCAGUGUUUAGUUUAUUUGAGGUAUUCAGGCACAGUUUGUUAACGUAAGCAUCUACAGGAGCAAAUCAUUACGUACUGCCUCUUUAACAUCUAUCGUCUACUUUACAGUCCUUGAUUUAUUCAGGAGCUAUUGGUUAACUAUGCAUUCAUUAGCACUUAGCAUCCAUCGGUUUAAUGUUACUACCUUCUUUGCGUUGCCUCAGUUCGGAGCCGGAGUGUCCCAUUUAGCAGUUGUCAGGAUCCCCAGUGUUCCUGAAGUAAGCACUGGAUCCACUUGCUGUGUGUUAAACUUGGUCGAAGCUGGUGAGCUGACAUGAUUGGCAGGAUGAAAAGUCACAAAUCCUGCUUACUCUUAUGGAAACAUCCACUGUGGGAAUGGUCCGUUUCUACUUAAGCGAGUUGGCUGCGUGUUGUUAACGUGUUGGUGUUAUAAGUUCCCUCUAGAUUUUGUCUUCACUCUGCGGUACAAACCUGACCGCUGUCAGCACUGUUAGCAGAGAAUAACCAAAUGGUUAGGAUUCAUCAUAUCAGAAUCAGAAGUGUUUUAGGAUCAGGAUUGUCAGGUUAGGGUUAGUAUGGUGGGCAGUUCUAACUGCAGGUGAACAGAAGAUCAGUUCUGCAGAAAGGUUUCUAUCUAACAAUUGAACUUUGGGUUGGGGGCAUUUUUCAUAGAGGGCUCUUUUCUACAAACGACUAAUGCCAUGUCACAUUCUACCUUGCUGUUGCCUGAAAACCUUGUAACCUUGUAAGUUUCUUUUUGCUGUUUCUUACUUGAAAUGUAUUUGUUAGUGGCCCUUCAAAGCCUUUCUGUAGUUCAGACUGGCAGCAGUUGGAAACCUCUGAUCAGAUUUUAUAGAGCUGCAGGUUUUUCCUGUGACGGUGAUGCCAUAUUGAUUCCUUUCUGUAUGUGCGGGUACGUUGCUUCUGCACACCGCAUAAUCCAUGUGCUGAAGACAGUUUGUAACCAACGAAGAGUUGUUUCUCAGAGAACAUUUUUAUGCAGUCUCAUACUUUAAGGAUUUUUCUUCUCAUAACUUUUCAGAUAUUAUAGUAAAGGACUGCUUUGCUUGCUUCCAGAUAUAUAUCCCUUACAUCAGAGAGAGCAUAGGCAUGAACAGCUUCCAUCAGUUAUUGCAUGACUCCAGUCCACACAGGCCACAGUCCUUUUCACUCUCACUGAACGUCAGGACGAUUGGUAAUCAAUGAUAGAUGAUGGUUCCCCCAAGGCCCAGGUCACAAGUCUAUUCUUUUCUAAAUUGGAACAUCUCAGAGUGCAUUGUCACACCAUGGUCCCUUCCCAAAGAACCCAUUCUGUACCAGACGUUUCUCAUCUAACUUGACUAACUAACUUGAUAUUAACUUGACAGCCAAUCAGAAGACAAAGCAUGACUUGCUAUGCCAGUAUAAGAUAAUAAUAGUCUUUCUUGUGUUCUGACAUUGACCUGGCCGGAGACGCUCACUGUGGAAAGGGCUCUGCUCUGGACUGGAUGUAGUUUGUAGCAGCUUCAACGCCAGCUUUGAGUACUUUUCCUUUGGAUGUUUUUCAGCUGAAGCUAAAUUCAAUAAUCGACCUUUAUUUGCAUGAUGUAAAGUGUUCCUCUAAGACUGCAUUGAGACAGGGACAGGACAGGAUGUCUGAAGCAACACCUGUCUGUCCAGGGUCUGUCUUUUCUGUCCCUGUUUGAAUGAGUGACAGCUGUCCGAACCAGUGUUUCUGACCUAAUGUUGUUCUGCUGUGGGGGAUAUUAACAUCUUUGAUAAUAUGUCAUUAUAACCAUAUUUAGCCAUUGCUAUCAGCAAAUGCUGAUGAAUUCAUUACUGGAAAUGAGUAUGUUUCCCUAUGCAAAAAUAUACCAUCAAUAAACAAGCUAUACCACAACUGA